GCCAGCAAGGAGUAAGAGCCUCCUGCAGCCUCUGAGCCACUGCACUGCUGCUGCUGCUGCUGCUGACUACAGACCCAGACCUCACCAUGAAGCUUGCCCUCCUGCCCUGGGUCCUGCUGCUGCUGACGACAGUCCCCGGCUCCGGGCCCAGGCCCAUAGCAGGUGCCCAGGAUAGCUGUUCUUUGCGCUGUGGGGACCAGAAUGGGCCCUGCUCCUGCCACCCAACCUGCUCAGGCCUUGGCACCUGCUGCUUGGACUUCCAGAAUUUCUGCCUGGAGGUUUCACCAUCCUCAGGCUCCAUGAUGGGUGGCAAGGACUUUGUGGUACAGCAUCUCAAGUGGUUCAGCUCCACAGAUGGUGUGAUCUGCAGGUUUAAGGAGAGCAUCCAGACCCUUGGUCAUGUGGACUCCUUGGGGCAAGUCCACUGUAUAUCACCCUUGCUCUAUGAGAGUGGUCGCAUCCCCUUCAACAUCUCCAUGGACAAUGGUCGCUCCUUCCCUUAUGCAGGCACCUGGCUGGCUGUGCACCCCUACAAAGUGUCAGAGACAGAGAAGAGCCAGCUGGUGAAUGAGACCCGCUGGCAAUACUACGGCACCCCAGGCACCACAGGUAACCUCAGUCUCACUUGGAACACCUCAAGACUGCCCACGCAGGCUGUCACCAUUGAGCUGUGGGGCUACGAAGAGACAGGGAAGCCAUACUCAGAGAAUUGGACAGCAGAGUGGUCAUAUCUGUAUACCCUGGCCACAAACAUUCCCAACUCUGGCUUCUUCACUUUCACUCCAAAACCUGCAUCUCCUGACUAUCAGAGAUGGAAAGUGGGUGCUAUGCGGAUCGUUGACAGCAAAAACUAUCCAGGAAAAAAGGAUGUGUUGGCACUCUGGACCAAUGAUCAUGCUCUGGCCUGGCACCUGGGUGACGACUUCCGAGAGGAUUCUGUGGCUUGGGCUCGUGCACAGUGUCUGGCCUGGGAGGCACUGGAGGACCAGCUGCCCAACUUCCUGAAGGAGUUGCCCGACUGCCCCUGCACCCUGGCCCAAGCCCGAGCUGACUCUGGCCGCUAUUUUACAGACUACGGCUGUGACAUUGAGCACGGCAGCGUUUGUACCUACCACCCUGGGGCCGUGCACUGUGUACGCUCUGUACAAGCCAGUCCCCAGUAUGCCUCAGGUCAGCAGUGCUGCUACACAGCAGCUGGCACACAGCUCCUAACAGCGGACUCCACCAGUGGCAGUACCCCGGACCGUGGCCACGACUGGGGCUCACCCCCAUACCGCACACCACCCCGCGUGCCCAGCAUGUCUCACUGGCUCUAUGAUGUCAUCAGCUUCUAUUAUUGCUGCCUCUGGGCUCCUGAGUGCUCCCGCUACAUGCGGCGGCGGCCCUCCAGCGACUGCCGCAAUUACCGGCCCCCACACCUGGCCUCCGUCUUCGGGGAUCCUCACUUUGUCACCUUUGAUGGCACCAACCUCACGUUCAAUGGGCGUGGCGAGUAUGUGCUGUUAGAGGCGGUGCUGACAGACCUGAGGGUACAAGCACGGGCUCAGCCAGGGAUGAUGACCAAUGGCUCACAGGCCCGAGGCACAGGGCUGACUGCAGUGGCUGUCCAGGAGGGCAACUCAGAUGUGGUAGAGGUGCGGCUGGCCAAAAGGUCUGGGGUCCUAGAGGUGCUGCUGAAUCAGGAGGUGCUCAGUUUUGCUGAACAGAGCUGGAUGGACCUGAAGGGCUUGUUCCUGUCAGUGGCUGCUGAGGACAAGGUAUCCAUCAUGUUGUCAUCAGGGGCCGGCCUGGAGGUCAGCAUACAGGGCCCUUUCCUGAGUGUGGCCAUCCUGCUACCUGAUAAGUUUCUGAACCACACCCAUGGCCUUCUUGGGACACUUAAUAAUGACCCCACCGAUGACUUCACCCUACGCAGUGGACGGGUCCUGCCCCUGAAUGCCAGUGCUCAGGAGCUGUUCCAGUUUGGGGCUGACUGGGCAGUACACAACACCUCUUCUCUGUUCACGUAUGACUCCUGGUUUUUGAUUAACAACUUCGUGUACCAACCUAAGCAUGACCCCACUUUUGAGCCCCUCUUCCCAGACAAGUCCACUCUCAGCCCAAGCCAGGCAGAAGAGGCAGCCAAACUGUGUGGAAAUGACCAUUUCUGCAAAUUCGAUGUGGCAGCCACCGGGAGCCUGAGUGUGGGAAAUGCCACACUGGUUGCCCACCAACUGCACCAGCAGCGAAUGCAGAGCCUACAGCCUGUGAUGUCCUGUGGCUGGCUGGCUCCCCCUGCCAAUGGGCACAAGGAGGGACUCAGGUACUUGGUGGGCUCCACUGUGCACUUCCAUUGCAACAGCGGCUUCAGCUUGGCUGGGGCAGAGACCAGCACCUGCCAGGCUGACGGCACCUGGUCCACACCCACUCCAGAGUGCCAGUUAGGACGGAGCUACACGGUACUGCUGAGCAUCAUCUUCGGAGGGCUGGCUGUGGUGCUACUGGUCUCUAUCAUCUAUGUGCUGCUACGAAGGAAGGGCAACAUGAACAUGUGAAGCUUGCACCCCUGAGACUGGAGCAUGGUUGGCCAGCAGCACAGGGUCACCUCAGGGCCAAGACCCAGCCUCCCAGGUGAAGGCCCUGGACUCCCAAUAACAUAACCAUCAGUCCUAUGAUUCUUAAAUCCUU